AGUACAAGGGCACGACUCCCUCAAUUAAAAGAAGGAAAGUCACUUCUCACUCAUUUCACCGCUUUGAAACCUUAAUCCGUGGCAAAUGUGAGCUUCCUCCCCAUUUCUAAUACCAGAUCAAAGGAGUUAUGAAUAGCAUUACACGUUCCUUGCCUGAUGUGCGAAGCUGCUUAAAUUUGCAUUGUCAAAGUGAAAGGGCUGCGAUGAACGAUGAAUUAAAAGGUUUUUAGGUCAUAAUAUCAGACAAAUGUUUCUCUCUCUGUCUCUCCUUCUCUGUCUCUCUUAAAUUUUGCUCCUUGAUUCUCAUGUGUUUUUUUUUGGCAGUUUGGAUUUUUAGGAAUAUCUUUAUUCACCUUCAUAAUUCAGACUAAUACAAUGUGUGUGACACACGCAUUCUCAAUGAGUGUGUCUGCCUAUUUGUGUGUUUGGGCAGGAUCUCUUGAUGUCCAGAAGUAUUUUUAGAUCGGUCCUUCUGCUCCCAAGAUGUUUCAAUCAUAAAUAAUUGAGGCCUUUCAAGUAGCCUAGCACUCAUCUAAUGUGAUAAUGAUGCAUUUUAACUUUUUUCCUCUCAAAGUAGGCCUUAAUGUGCCAUCAUUACCUUUAUUUUUAUAUUGUGUCGUUUGGACUUUCAUUGAAAAAAAAAAAGCAGCGUGCAAUCAUUUACCCAUUUUAAAACGCAUAUGCCUAUUUAACGAUUGUUGUGAUGAAACUGGGCUCAUGUUCUGUAGCAUGGUUUUGGUUUUAAAGCCAAGGUAUGUUAUUUUGGGGCAGGCUUUCCGACCGCUUGGCUAAUUAUAAGAAAGCAAUCGAAGCACUGAACUCUGAUUGGCCUUACACUUUUAUCCUCCACAGAUCUGGGAUUGGAGUAAAUAUUCCAUCUGAUCUCAUGAUAAACAUAAAUAAGCCCUCAGUGAGAAUACAUCUCAGAGUUCUGUCAGGAACCGUCUAAGACGAUGAAGACACCAGACACACACACGCACACACAAACACAAACACAAACACAAACACACACAAACACAUCAGAUGCAGUUUAGCAGCAUGCGUGCAUGCAAGACUUGACAUGGCCCCUCGGAGCAGAGAGGGAGGUGUCAGAAUCCUACGCAUAUGCUUGAGUAUACGCCGUUUGCCGGUUGACAAUGUGGUUCCGGACGGUCCCUUCCAGCCACCCCCUAUGAUCAGGUGAACCCCCAUGUGGAUCGAUUUAUGUUCUCCAAGUGACUGGGUCUCCAAGUGACUGGGUUUAAUGGUCACAAUUGGUCCACUCCCUGAUGUCUAAAUAUAUGCUGGGGGCACUCAAUCCACCAUGUUAUCUGGGCCUAUGUUAAGGAAAUGCUGUGUGUGUGUGUGUUUGUGUGCUUGCUAGUGUAAGAUGGGUGUGAGGGCUAACCACAUACUUAACUUGCUGCAUUGCAUUUUCUAGGGAACUGUAUACGUCCAACAUGUUAUUAUGAGGAUACUUUGCUCACCUAUUAAAAAUCCCAUGCCAAAGUAUCCAACUGAAAUCAUAACUAACUGCCCGUUGUUGAGACAUAAUGAUGUUUAUGACAUAAUGUUCAUAAUGAUUGAUUUAUAUUGCAAAAUGUUUGUGUAAAUAUACAAAUUGAACCAUGCUAAAAUAUGAACAGUUGAAAUAAGGAAUUACCCCACAGUCUUUCUUAUCUCACCUGAAUAUUAACAAUCUCAGCAACAGUACACAAAAGGUUCCAAUAAUGCAUUACAUAGUUGGGUUUUCCAGAUCAAAAUGGAGUUCCAUCAGCGGCCAAGCCUACGCCUGGCUUUUUAAAUGACUCAUCACAUCAUUCAGCCAUUUGUCUCUCAUUAAGACCGGCAGUCAUAUAAUAACCUGGGGAUUCCCUGGUACACACUGACAUUAACCCUUAACUGUUUCAUCUCUGACGUGAGGUGGAAAGAAAGGUUGGGCGAAAAAGGUAUAGAUGAGACACAGCUGUGUCGUCUGCAUCAGGAUGCUUUGCAUCUUGCAACCGUAGGGUUAGAGUGGAAUGUCCCGAGUUGACAACGUCAGGUUUUCUCUUUUUUUCUGAAUUACUUGCAAGCGUUUUCUUAUUGCAUUUCUUUUUUUGUAAAACCUGUUUCAUUAACUAGGCCUCAUAUAUAUUCAUGUAUUUGCGCUUACCUUGAGCUUUGGCCGCACAAUGUAAAGGAUAUAAUGGGACAUUCCAAGAGUUACAAUAGAGAGACAUUCGGUUGGUAUUUUUCAAAAAACUUUUACAUUUCCAUUAAGCCCUUUCCUUACCUAAGCAGUGGGAAACGCUAAAAUCUACCCAAGCCAUAUCUACCAUCCGCUUACAGUCAGCUAACAGCCUGUGCUACGGCUGAAAGCAAGAUUGUACAGCUCAUUUCCUACUUGAGAUAUGACUUGACGUUUAAGGCGCUGGAGAAAACCUCGAUAUUGACUGAUUGAAAAGUCUGCGGGCAAUUGCUGAGUGCUGCAAAUACAUUACUCCCCAUUGUGGGCAGCUAAAUGGAGGAAUAAGAUGGAGAACAGCAUGUAUGGUAGUUGUAGACUGGAAAUCAGAAAGAGGAGGGAAUUCACUGGAAGAGAGAUUGUUCUGGAAAGCCUUGCGCCCAUGUGCCUUAACUGACUGUAAAGCCUGCUGUGGCUCCUCCCUCGAUUUUCUUUUUACCUCUGUCUUUUGGAAAUUGUAGUCCAUCACAUCGGAAACAGGCUUCAUAAUUGCCAUGGCAGGACAUACAAAUGUAGUUUUAUUAUUCUACAAAUUGAAUAUGGCAUUUCUUUGUUCAACCAAACAUUUUUUUUUUGUAGGAAGGGCAAUUCACUACCGAUUGCCUCCACCAGAUGUGUUUUGUAUCGUCAAUAUCUGCUAUAUUUUUGCAUGUAACAUUCUUAUUAUACUUUUUAUUUGUUUUCUAUCCACAGAAUUCCACAUGUGUGCUGCUUGUGGAGGCCUUUUAUGGCGGCUCUCACAAACAGCUCAUUGACCUUUUGAAAGAGAAUGUCGUCGGCUGCGUCGCCCACACUCUGCCCGCAAAGAAAUGGCACUGGCGGGCCAGGACCGCUGCCCUCCAUUUCAUGCAGGCCAUCCCACCCAGUUCCUCAUACAGGGUGCUGUUCACCAGCUCUGUCCUCAAUCUGUGUGAGCUGGUGGCUCUGCGGCCGGACCUGGCAGCCCUCAAGAAGGUUCUCUACUUCCACGAGAACCAGCUGGUCUAUCCCGUGCGCAAAGACCAAGAGAGGGACUUCCAGUAUGGCUACAACCAGAUCCUCUCCUGCCUGGUGGCAGAUGCGGUGGUGUUCAACUCCCUCUUCAACAUGAACUCCUUCCUCUCGUCCGUCGGGGCCUUCUUGAAGCGGAUGCCCGACCACCGGCCAAAGGACUUGGCGUCGCUCCUCCGGCCCAAGUGCUCGGUGCUCCACUUCCCCCUUCGGUUCCCCAGUGUCGCCAGUCUUCUCCCAGAACACAAGCUCCUCCGCGGGCCUGCGGCGGCGGCGGCGUCCCCCGAUGAUGACAUCACCGUCCCUCCGGGCCAGAUGCUUGAGCCCCGCUUAGAGGAUCCUGAGGCGCCAAGGUCUGAGGAGCUGGGCUCACAGAGCAACAAGGAGGCUCGGGGAACCCCUCCAGAGACCAGAAAUGCGGCUGUCCCGUCCGGGCCCGGGCACAGCUCCUCGCUGGGACAGGGUGAGGCACCGGGGCACUGUGGCUCCUCCAUCCGGGACGUCCCGGCGGGCGAAGGGGAGCAGACCGCAUCGAUGGGAGGAUGUGGACCAGGUGACCAGACCAAACCGUUGCAUAUUGUCUGGCCCCACAGGUGGGAGCACGACAAAGACCCCGAGCUCUUCUUCAAGACCUUGCUGAAGCUCAAAGAGAGAAACCUGGCCUUUCAACUCUCCGUCCUGGGGGAGACCUUCACUGAUGUGCCAGAGAUCUUUGCUGAGGCCCGGGGCCAGCUGGGGCCCCAUGUGCUGCACUGGGGCUUCCUGCCCAGGAAAGAGGACUACCUGGCCGCCCUGUGCCAGGCCGACGUGGUGGUCUCCACCGCCAAGCACGAGUUCUUCGGCGUGGCCAUGUUAGAAGCAGUCCACUGUGGAUGCUAUCCAUUAUGUCCUAACGCGUUGGUGUAUCCAGAGAUAUUUCCAGCCGAGUAUCUGUACUCCACACCUGAGCAGCUGUGCAAGAAGCUACAGAGACUGUGCAAGAGACCAGACCUGGCCCGCCGUCACCACGUCCAGGUGGACACCACAGCCUACUCCUGGGACGUGCUACAGCAAGGUUUUUCCGACCUACUUGCGGCACCGGCGGACCCCCAACCCUGACCAAGGCUGGAGAGGGAAGAGGUGGGCUCGGGUGGGUUUGGGGGAGAAGUACAUUUUUCUAAAGAAGCAGAAGAUGAAUAAGAACAAGAAAGAGCCGGCAGGUUUCUCUCAUUUUUUCUUUUCUUUUCCUUUUCCUCCUUUAUUUUUUUUCUACCCGGGACUCCAUUAGUGGCGAGGGCGAGCUGGAUUUAGAGGCUUGGCGAUGGGACGCGCAGUCUGCGAGGGCACUUUGUGGCGCUGGGGUUCCACGGCGUCAUGGCCUGACACGCCGCCACGGGCCGCGGCCGGCCCCCGCCGCCGCAAACCUGUGGCGGAGCCGUCGCAGACACACUGUCUCAGGCACCUCUCCCUGCUCCAAAUCAAAGCCAGCCCCCCUCACACACAC